AUGGUUGUCUCAAAUAUCGAAAACGAAAGAAUGGCAUCUGAAGCAGUGCAGAUAUUUAAAGAAAAGAUAGAACUGAUUCAACUCCCAAUUCUACACUCCAAUGGUUUUGAGGAGCUAUACCGAGACAUGCAGAAAGCUGCUCUAACAAACUUCAGAAUCGAGUCUAUGUUCAAUGCUGAAAAGUUUGAGAAACAAGCAGUGUCAGAGAUGGAUGAACUGUGGGGAAAAAUAAAGACGGAAAAUCUGCUGUUAGUUCGAGAACAUUGUGGAAGUCUAUUGCAAGCACUGUAUUAUAAGAAAAUAGGAGAGAAAAUGAGAAGGGGUGAAUACAAAGUGGCAGGAGGCUAUCCACUGUACAAACUGGACAUUGAAGCUUUCAAAAAAGACUACAAGGCUAAUGUGAAAGGCAUUGAUGGAUACGAGGCACAACAAGUUCUGAUUAUGUUUAUGGACAGUGAAGCCGAAAUUGAAAGUACCAUCAUGUUAGAAGACCAGAAAAUGACCGAAGAAGAUAGACAGAGAGAACUGGAUAGAAUACAUACAGAACACAAGGAAGCUCAAGUGGAACAGCGAAAAUUGUUCGAAAGUAAACUGGAAGAAGAGAAAGAGCGUGCUGAAGAGCAUCAAAAGAAAUUAGAAGAAGAACGUAAAGAGUAA